CGACGAUGACGCUCCGAUGUCCGCCCAAGGGGAAUGGACGGAUGUGCGUGUUGUUCGUGGGAUUGCGUUUAUCUGAUCCAGCAAUCUAGCUACGAACCAGUAUCAAAUCUAUUACAGCAGACAGUUCUCCGAUGUGCCCCGAAGGGUGAACGGAUGUGUACCGAACCAUAAUUUAUUACAUUUCUUCGUGUGUAUAUACAAAUUGCCACUUUUCACAAUGGGAAUACUGUUCGCGAAACUAUGGAGCUUGUUCACUAACGAAGAACACAAAGUUGUCAUUGUUGGUCUAAGUAAUGCAGGGAAGACAACGAUACUCUACCAGUUCCUUAUGAACGAGGUGGUGCACACGUCACCCACGAUCGGCAGCAACGUGGAAGAGGUGGUCUGGAAAAAUGUGCACUUCAUCAUGUGGGACCUCGGAGGACAAGAAAAGCUGCGGGCCACAUGGAACACCUACUAUAGUAACACAGAGUUCCUUAUAGUGGUGGUGGACAGCAUGGACAGAGAAAAGCUCCCUUUGACCAAGGAAGAGCUCUGGAAGAUGCUUUCCCAUGAGGACCUGACAAAGGCUGCUGUACUCAUUUUCGCCAACAAGCAGGAUCUAAAAGGAUGCAUGUCCCCGACGGAGAUUUCGGAGCAGCUAAGUCUCACCUCUAUAAAGAAGAAUAGGUGGCACAUACAAGCAUGCUGUGCACUUACUGGUGAAGGUUUGUACCAGGGCCUAGAAUGGGUAUAUGCGCAGCUGAAGAGCAAGUGAUAAAAAGCUUUGACCCCAAACUGUCGGACUGUGCUGUGAUACUAAGGCCUUGCCUGAAAGUCAGCAAUGCAGUUGCUUGGAACGCCUUGCUCACCAUCUUAAAAGUCACAGGGUGACCACUCGGACCGCCCACCACUACGGCCGUCAAGGAAGCGGAAGGCGGACUGUGCAGUUUUAACGUCUCUCUCCAAGAUCAGUUCGCUGUCGAGUUUGCCCGCUACGGAACCAAACCAGUGUACAUAGCGUGAUCACGUGCGCAGGUGUAAAUAUUGGUGAUCACACUUUUUUUUAACGUCUUCUGCAAUUUCUUCACCUAAGACGCGAAAUUAUGAGCGAACGAGAUUCCGACAACGUCGGCGUUUCCUGUCUUUUGUAGUGCUUCCGACCGACAUUCGAGCGCGAAAUUCUGUCUCUAAACCAACAGCGCUUGAUCGAAAAACAUUGUUGCAGUGCGUAGCUUAAGGUUCUUCACAAUUCAGUGUAACAUAUACUCAUCACAGCACAUCUUUAACGCUCUAGGUUUCCGUUAUGUCGACGCAUAACGAAAGAUUUUAAAGCUUCUUUUUUUGCAAUAUGUACGAACCCCUCACAAAAUUUGCUCUCUAAGGAUGACAAGCAAGUGCAUAUGCAGUGCCACCGUCGGUGACAAUUUACCAUUGUUUCUCCAAUCACGAAAACAAAGAAAAUAAAUUAGUUCCACGUUCGAA